CUUCUUCCUUUCCCUUUUGUUUUCUCUGCCCAUGUUUUUAGUUGAGUUCAUGUUGUGUCCUGUUGUAUACAUAUGGUAGUAUGGUUGAAAAGUAGGAAGUUAGGAUCCUGGGAAAGUUGAAGACAUCGUGUGUCAAUAGUCCAAUUCUUGUACUUAUUGGCCUCAGCUCAAGACAUGCAAGUGAUUUCAUCUGAGAAUUGAGAAUGAGUAAAUAUUUCCUCAAGAUUGAGUGAUAUUCAGCUAAGAAAGUUAAUGCCAUGUUGCCACCUAAAUAAUACCAUCUCAACAGUAAACUUUGGUAGCAUUAACCAAGCAUCCUUGCCAAACCAGCUACUAUACUGUAUGCACCAGAUUCAAAGCAUAAGACUAAAGUCAGAUUAUCAAUUCCCAAAACUGCAACCCAUCUUCAGAGUCUGCUUUCUCUAUUGUGUCUUUUUGCAUGAACAAGAAGCUCAUUGCUGAAGAGAAAAAAAAAUGUCAAGUAUGGGGUAUUCAAGGUCUUUCUUGGCUUCUUUUCUUCUUGCUGUGUUGCUCAAUGUGACUAAUGGGCAGCCUCUAGUCCCUGCAAUUUUCACAUUUGGGGACUCAAUUGUAGAUGUUGGCAAUAAUAACCACCAAUUGACUAUUGUUAAAGCAAACUUCCCUCCUUAUGGAAGGGACUUUGAGAAUCACUUUCCAACAGGAAGGUUCUGCAAUGGAAAGCUUGCAACAGACUUCAUUGCUGAUAUCCUUGGAUUUACCUCUUAUCAACCAGCCUACCUCAACUUAAAGACCAAAGGAAAGAACCUCUUGAAUGGUGCCAACUUUGCCUCAGCUUCUUCUGGUUACUUUGAAUUGACAUCCAAACUAUAUAGUUCAAUUCCAUUGAGCAAGCAGCUUGAAUGCUACAAGGAGUGCCAGACCAAAUUGGUGGAAGCAGCAGGGCAAUCAAGUGCUUCAUCAAUUAUAUCUGAUGCUAUAUAUCUUAUUAGUGCUGGGACCAGUGAUUUUGUUCAGAACUACUACAUAAAUCCUCUGCUUAACAAGCUUUAUACAACUGAUCAAUUCUCAGACACUCUCUUGCGAUGCUAUUCCAAUUUCAUCCAGAGUUUAUAUGCAUUGGGAGCAAGGAGGAUUGGUGUGACAUCAUUACCUCCAAUUGGUUGCCUUCCUGCAGUCAUCACUCUCUUCGGUGCUCAUAUCAACGAAUGUGUGACCAGUUUAAACAGUGAUGCAAUUAACUUCAAUGAAAAGCUCAACACCACAUCUCAGAACUUAAAAAAUAUGCUUCCAGGCCUCAAUUUGGUCGUCUUUGAUAUCUACCAACCCCUCUACGACUUGGCCACCAAGCCUUCUGAAAACGGAUUUUUUGAAGCAAGGAAGGCUUGUUGUGGAACGGGGUUGAUAGAGGUAUCUAUUUUGUGCAAUAAGAAGUCCAUAGGAACAUGUGCUAAUGCAUCUGAAUAUGUAUUCUGGGAUGGUUUUCAUCCCUCAGAGGCUGCAAACAAGGUUUUGGCGGAUGAAUUGAUUACUUCUGGCAUCUCUCUUAUAUCCUAAUCAAACACUUCACGAGUCAUACUUUGGAUUUCCUACACUUGUGGUUGCUGCUGCUGUUGCAUGAAGAUGGCUUGUGAAAAAGACUAAGGAUAUUCUAGAUGUUAAAUCCCAAAGAUCAUUGUGUGGUUUUAGGUUCCGUGUUAUUGAACAAAGACUUUUUCGUCUAAGGUUGAUAAUAAAGUGAAAAUGAACGCUUAUGGCAUUUUAAAUACUAUUAUUAAAUUAUAAUUUUUCCAUCUUUUUUUA